CUCUCUCUCUCUCUCUCUCUUUCUCUCUCCAGCGCAGUGACAGUGCAGUGACACACGUUGUCGCAGGUCAGGCAUGUAGGCGUGCGUCUCGUGUCCGCGUGCAGACAAAGGAACACAAGCUGUCAAGACCGAGUGAGUGAGUGAGUGAGUGUCCAGUCCACCACUGUCCACCACCCAUGGCCGGUCCGUACUCGGCUCCCUGUAAAGUGCCCGCCAGCCUCCUCCAGGAGGAGCUGAUGGACUUUGAAAACGCCGCCACGCACUUCCACUCGGACGAUAGCUGGAGCCUGUCCGAGCUGGACGACGAGGCGCUGCAGGGCAUCGUCUCCGGCAAGUCCACCUCGCCCGCAAGCACCACCACGGCCGCUUCCACAGGAAACCGGUGUCUGAACAACAUCACGCCGAACGCCAACGUCGCUGCCAACAAGUCAUCGCCGAUUUCGUCAUCGCAGAGCUCGCCCGCCGUCAGCACGUUGCUGACCCCACUGCCGGCGCCGCGACUCGCAAACAUGAAGAUCGACUCGAGCGAGACGACGACGACGACCUCGUCGUCCGACUCGAUUUUCGGCUGCGUCCGUUUCAGCAGCACCAACUCGUACGUCAACAAGACGGGCCGGCCGAGCAUGAUCAGCCCCAAGUACCGGCUCAAGGAGGAGCGCCGCAAGGUGCUCAAGAUCUCAAUCGGCAAGUUCAAGCGCAUCGAGGACCACGAGAGCUCGCUCCGGCGGUCGGUGCUGAUCAACAACACGAUGAAGCGGCUGCAGAGGGAGGCGAGAGAGGAGAAGCUGCAGCGUCAGGGCAUCUACCAGAUCAACAGCGCCUUCCGUGCCCCCGAGCUCGAGCUGAAACCGGAGCCGGCCGCCGACAAGCCCCCUCCGCCGACCAACCAGCGCAAGCGUUCGCUCAGCAUCGACGACAGCGACGACUGCGACGUGCAGGACGUGCUGAGCCACUUCUACAUGCCGCCGACGCCUCGCCUGCUCACGUCCAUCGACGACGAGGACGACGUGCAGGUGCCCAGCAAGAAGCAGCGAGUCGUGCUGGAGGACGAGCCCCAGAACGAGAACAUCAACAUCAUUCAGCUGCCGUCGGUGCUGAAGGAGAGUUUCAACAACAACAGCAACACCGCCGACGACCUGAUGAAGAAAUGCGAGACUGACAAGCCUGCCACGCCCAUCGCCCCAGUCAAGAUGGACGACGUCGUGAUGACGGAGCCGGCGGCCGACGACGCCGAGCUCGACGUCGUCAACACCAGUGAUGACGAUAGAUUAGUUGUGUGCGAGCAGCCGCUGCUGGACACGCCGCCGUCCUCGUGCUCGGACAGCGAGGACGAAGACAUCGACGUUGUGAACAGCGACGGCGACGACCGGUUACGCCCCUCCGCCGACAGCGCUGCCGUCGCCGACCAGGCCAAUUCGGCGCCCAUGGACGCGUCCGAGCAGCAACACUUUUCGUGCGGACACUCGUCCAUUUUCGGUGAACUGCAGUCAGUGGUGUUUCACAGUUUGAUCGCGUCCCUCGAGUCCUAGCGCUACAGACUGUGAUGGCAGCACUUGUAUCCCGACGAUGGUAAUGCCGCUGAAUAUUAUUAUUGUUGGGAUAACUACUACAACAGUUACUAUCAGUGAUCCGCCAUCACGCAGCGAAGCUGGACUGAUUUUGACAAACAAACAAAAAAGCAAGGAAAUGGGACUUCUGAUGCCGUAGUUUUUUAUAGAGCCGCCCCCCGCAGGGCGCGUUUACCGAAUUGCAUAAUAUACACAUACACACACACACGCGCGCGCAUAUAUACAUGUUGAUAUAUUUAAGGUUUUUACUGCAUUUUUCAACGCGAUCAUACAUACAAGGAUUGAUUGAUUUAACGAAAUUGAAGCGAAAAUGAACACUUAGUCGGUACUGUACAUACGAUGAAAAUAUAGAGAUGAUUAUAUUUAGAGAGUGAGAGAAAACUAUUAAAGAGGAAGCAAAAAGCUAAAUAAAAAUGAUAUUUAGAUUUUAGUACUUUGUAUAACAUUUUACUAAUUAACACACACUCACCCAAGCCCACACAAUAAAAUAAUAUCUAUCGCGAUAAAGUGCAACCUGCUUGACAGACGAUGUCUCUUCCGUAGCAACACACGAACACUCGCAAUUCUUCAAAAUAAUGAUGCUUGUGGAUCUAAACACGCGCCUAGCAGAGGCUUUCGUACAUUUCAUCCGCGCGCAUGCAUACUGUAAGAAUUACUAAAAAGAAUCGAUGUGUAAUAGUGUUGUGUUCAUCCUUCUAAAAGCAACUGCACCGUAAUAAAUCUAUGCUAAAGAUCAUUUCUGCUGAAAAAUUAUGAGGUCGUGCUCUAUAGAGUGUAAGACAAAACACACAUCUUUCUCUCUCUCUCUCUUUCUCUCUCUAUUUCUCCGCGGCACCAGCCAAACACACUCACACACGGUGCCUCGGAAAUUUGCAUGACGAUGGAAAGCUUCGUAUUAGCGUUUUUUGUUGACUGUGUGACUUGACGAGCCAGUGCCCCCCCGCGACAUUAACCGCUUUUUAUCUUUUCGAGUGAGUUAUAACGCCGAGUUCCCCCAGCAUACACACACAAACACCAAACAUAUAUAUUUUUUUUCUUUUGCAUUCUUUUUAUUUAAUCAGCCAGCCAACGGAACGCACGCAAUAACUCGAGUCACCAUUUUAUUUGUAAAAUCUUCAAAUAAUCUGAUCGAUAAUUGUGCGGAGAAAGUCGCGCAUCAAAAUGCGAGCGCCUCGCUGAUCUCGGAUCUCGUGCAUUGCUCGAUUACGUCAAUACAAGGUGAAAGUUUUUGUUGUGUGCAUUGAAGGUUGGCUGCUUUGAUAAAGAAAAAAAAGAUAUAAAGCAGCUCUCCGAUCGGUCCGUAUAUCAUUACAAACUCGAUUCAAACUCCCUCGCUGGCCUUUUUCGCCGUUUGAUCAGACUUGAAGGCGUACAGAGAGUACGGUGGCCGUUUCGCAAUACCUGUGGUUACUUACAUGCUACCUCCGUGUAAAUAAAUUUCCCUCUUUCUCGCCAGUAUAAAUAAUUAAAUCGAGCGUAUAAAUAAUUCAUUUAAAUGUACACACACACACACACACACACACUCGCAACAUUCGUGUUUUUCGACUUCUCUUCUUAACGCAUAAAACAUAAUACAAUUAGACGACGCAGAUAGAUAGUUAGUGUUCGUGGAGAUAUUCUUGUAGAAUAUUAUAUAUAUAAUAUUACUUUUAAAUGGCUGUGAUUUGUCCCAUGUAUAUGCUAAUUAACGUGCGCUGAAGUGAAUCAACAACUAUAAUUAACUAUAAUUAAUUGUAUUAAUACAAAAACGAGUAGUGAUUGUGAAACCACGAAACCCGCGCAGAUUUUCAGUUCAGUCGAGCCUAGACGAAUGAUUCUCCCGACACGCAAAUAAUUACGCUAAGUUGAUUCUUUUCAAAUAAGGCUGUGUUCCAGUAAUUUCCAUUGCAUUUUCGACCAACUACACGCGUGUGUAACAAACCAACCAACCAACCAACCAACUCGUCUUUUCGAUUACUUCAGGGAUUCGCGUAGGCAUAUUGUAGUCAAUUUUAUAUAUUAUAUGCGAUUAUGUUUUCCAAAUGUGCGUAGGUGUUACAUUCUGGCCAAAUACAACUUUCUACUGCUAUUAUUAUAAUAGACAGCGUGCUGACGUGACUGACGACUAAUGACUUUUUACACUAGACGACGCAGAGCCGAGUGGAAUGGUUCAAAUUCGCUCGGCGGCACCCAUUGUUAGUUGCAAACGCUUUCCAUCCACGAAACAAAAUAAAUAAAAUACAUAGUUUCUUCGGCCGAACAUCCGUCUCUAUCCGCGCGAAGUGGUAGGCAGGAAAUAAAAAAACGAAAAACACACAACUAACUGAUUUAUAUCGCAUCAUUAUUUUUUAGAGGUUUCACACACAUACACAUACACACACACAUUUUACUGUUAUCAAGACUAAGUAUUUUUAAUUUUUAAUCAUUUCGAAUGUUCUCUAAGCUAAUGUGGGUUGAUUUUCGGAGGCGCCACACGCCCUCCCAUUAUGCGGUAUUGCACUACAUUUUUGUUUCGCGCAUAUAUAUUUAUUUACGUAUCGAUCGAAGCUGUUCUUUAAUUUAAUAUACUAUUUGUGUAUUUAUCAGCGAUGAUGAUGAUUUCUGUACAUGUUUUCUCGACUCAACUGCUGUUGUCUAUUCGCUCAAACGGUUUAUUUUUUUCUGCUUCUCCAACCGAGUCACUCAGAGAUGAAAAAAUUAUAUCCAUGAAAAUGCAUUUUGUGCCAUUAACUGAUAACUGCGCUGUAUAAAUUUUUGUGUACACACACACACAUACACAUCCCAAAGAUGAACCAGAGAGAAAGUACGCGAACAAGUGGAAUUGGAGCAAACACUCACUCACUCACUACUAAAUGUACUUGAGCACUUUACUUCAUCUUAUAACUUGUGAAAAUGAGAGAGAAUCACACACACACACACACGCAGCCUCGAAAAACGCAACAUUGCCGAAAAAUCAAAACGACGAGUGCUGAUGAGAAAAUUUUUGUAUAAACAAAACUAAAUGAAGAUGAGAAUGGUGUCUCCACGAAAAUGCUUAACUCCAAAAACUUGUACUUACGCAACCAAAAAAUGAUUUGUAAUAUGUCUUCUCGCUUUCUUGUCUCAGCCAAAUGUCACAUGUCGAAGGCGACUCUCCGCGGGAAGAUAAAUUAUCCUCAUUCUUGUGUGCUUACGAAUAGGGUGACUCUGAACAACACAGUGUAAAUUUAAAAAAAACAAAACAAGAAAAAUCAAGAGAAUGCUUUGUAUAAAAAUUUAUCUGCUGCUAAACUAUCAUCAUUGACUAUGUUUACAGAGAAAAACAAGAAAGAAGGUUCUUAUCCUUUGCCUUAAUUUGUGCAGCAAAUUAUUUUUUGGAAAAACUUUUGUGUCUCAACAAGUUGAAGUGUUGUGCUGAGAAUUUUAAUUUUUGUAUAGAAAAAUGCGAAAGCUCAUGAUGAAUAUUGCUUCAACGCGCAGAUGAAAUCAAGAGGAAGAUUUGUUACUACCCUAAAUGGCAGGAUAACCUUCACCAUAAAAAUAAGAUAUAUUAUACAAAAACAACAAAAGCAUAAAAAAAUAAAAAGUACCUGAAAAAUUAAAA